AUGUACUCUCUGCAAGACAUCUUCAUUUUACUCAUCGAAAUUCUCUGUGUUAUUCUCUAUCUCUUUAUCAUGUAUGUAAUCGAUUUCUCAAAGAGCUCAUCGAUGAAAUCACAAUUCAUCGGUCAGUCGUGGAUUCUGUGUUGCUUUGACUUGGGUUGGCUGUUUUUUUCGAUCGUACUUCGUAUUCUCCGUGAAAUGGGGAUUUCUGUUGGAUGGGCCUACUCGAUUUUCAUCAUCACAAAGAUUUCCCUAGGCGCUCAUCAACUAACAAUGAUUUGGAUCAAUUGGUCACGCUUUCAAAUCCUCAACAAUGCGAUGCGGAAAAGCGAAGUCUCGAACUCGUUGACGAGCUCACAAAGACACAAAGCAGUGUUGCUCUUUUUCACGCCUUCUUUUUUCUGGUCUUUGUUUCGAGUCGUGAUUGUGUUCAUCGAUGGAUGGCCUGAUUUGAAUUACACGUGGCCAGACAAGACGUUGAUGUUUGUGGGAUUUGCGGAAAUU